AUGGACGCCGUACCAAUCUCGAAGAAGCUCAUUGCUUUUGGCAACAAGAAGAUCUUCCUUCCUAAAUUCACGGUCGCAAUGGUGCGCGCACCUGGCCUGUCUCCAUACCACGCGCGCUUCCUCGUUCCGCUCGACUUUUCCAAGUACGACCUGCGCGACUAUCUCUACCACGCCUACAACGUCAAAUGCUACAACAUUCGCUCCUAUGUCAAGCAAAUGCCCAUCCGCGACACAACAUCCCAAGCGCGCCAUUGGUUCCGACCAGACUCGAAGAAGUACAUGACAGUUGAGAUGGAGCAGCCCUUCGUAUGGCCCGAGCUGCCCGCAGACAAGAAGGCGUGGGGUAUUGGAGAGCAGAAAUCUCAGAUGGGUGAGGUGGCCAUGAUGAACGGAAUCGUCACGCCAGAGGAAAGGAGAGAGAAGGCCAAGUCGUUACGAGAGCAAGUGAAGACACUCUUGAUGAAGAAGGAGCCCCCGAUGCCGAGGAGUAUUGUGCAGAAAAGGUUGGAAGGUAAACCACUUACACCAGAGGAGCUGCAGAAGGAGGAGGAGGCGUUGCGACAGAAAGCAGAUAACGAGAAGAUGUCUGCAACGCAGUUCUGGGAACAGAGGAGGACGAUGAAGGUGGUGCAGAGCGACGAUGCAAGUGAUUUCUCGAUCAAGGCAUGA